UAAAUUAUGUAUCCAUUUGCCUCCUAUUCGCCUGCCUGUUUCAUCCUACUUUGAAUUCUCUUCCAAUUUUUUCGCGAACACAUGGAACUCGGUAAUCGCUAAUUUAUGAAAAAGACAUAACGGAUUAUUCUCUGAAUUGAUCUACAGAAAGACAAUUUUGUGAAACGUCAAACGUGUUAUCGUUUUAGAAUAUUUUCCUUUUUUUUUUUUUUCGAGAUGUUUUGUGGUACAAGUCGCUUCCAAUUUACAACGAUCUACGUAGUUUAUACGUGUAAGAAUAUUUUUCGACGUUGAUUCUAUACUCUGAAGUACAGUUUAAGCAUAAAAGCUCUCAUGAUUGGCAAGGAACGCGACGAGCGACCAACUUGCGCCGUCUUCCAUAAUCUGCUUCCAUUGUAAAGAAGUUUUUUCGUGAAAGAAAGAAAGAAAAAAAUGAAAGAAGAAUGUUUAUAUAUUUUUUCAUAACAAGUAAAUUUUCUUGCUGUUUUAGCUACGAAUUUAUUUAACGUUGAAUUGUAAUAACCUUCGUUAUCUUAGCUGAUGUUGCUAGCUGAUGUUGUUUUCUUUUUUUUUUUCUAAUUAAAGAUCUUUUUGCUAAAAUAACAAGAAAAUGCGUGAAUAUUAUUUUAUUUUUAUCUAACAAUUAUACACAGUUUCUAAGCACCGGCGCGCCAGUAUUUUCUUUCUCAAAGUAUUACUGUUGGUCACCGAGCGUAACGCCACACAUGUUGACUCUUCUCCGCUGGUUACCUAUUUCGUCGCGGUCCUUAUCACGUCGCGUACUGUCCGUCCUUGAUAAGGAUUUGCCCGACUAAAAAUAUUUUAUAUUGUUAUUUGUGUCAUCGCUUGCUUUCGUUAACGAAUAUAAUUAUUAAUUUUUUUUUUGUCGAUAGCGGUCGCUCCUACAUCCAUCACAAUGUUUUCAUCUUUUAUUCUUACUCGUCGUUUUAUCAUUUAUGAUUUGGUAGAUAUAAUCGGAACGAUAGAUGAGUUAAUAUUUUUAAAGCAGCACGGUGCAAUCACCAUUAUUAUUUAGUGAGUUAUAAGUAAUAUUCAAAUAGGUUGGAUAAUGUACACGCGACCGCUUAAUUUAUGAAACCCGAAUGAUAUCCGUCUUUACAAUAAAUAUAGAGAGGUUAAGCACGAUGUAUGAACUGUUUAAGAAAAGGUAUAUAUAUGUAUACUUUUAGUACGAACGAAUUUCAACUACUGAUUAGUAAUUUUAUAUUGAACACACUUGUGGCCUUUAUUGAUAUACAUAUAUUGAAGUACUAAUAAUCAGUAAUAUGAUAUACAGGGUGUCCCAGAAAGAGUGUUAGUCCUCUAAGGGGAUGGUAGCUGGGAUAAUUCUGAACAACAUUUUCCUUUGCAAAAGUGUUUGAAGCUUCGUUUUUGAAUUAUUAAGGAAAGCCACUGGCCAAUCAGAGCGCGGAUAGCGCGCGGGCUCAGGGACGGCGGCUUUGACUUCUGAACCCGCGCGCUCUGAUUGGCCAGUGUUUUUCCUUAAUAAUUCAAAAACGAAUCUUCAACCAACAUUUUUGCAAAGGAAAAUGUUGUUCAGAAUCAUCCCAGCUACCAUCCCCUUAAAGGACUAACACUCUUUCUGGGACACCCUGUAGAGAGACGUAGGAAUAUUGCGCGACUCUUUGUAUUGCAUACCUUCAACAUAAGGUAAUUGCGCGGUUCCUAUGAAGAAAAAAAAAACAAUGGAUAGGUAUCAAGAAUUUUGAAAGUAUGAAAGGGUGAAUGUGAGAGAGAAUGCGACAAUAAAGAAUAACGUACGAAAGGUGAAAUAUUAGAAGAGCAUAUAUAUAAGAUAUGGCUGUCUGGUACGCCAUAGAAAUUUUAAAACAGCUCCUUUUUAAAGAAAGAAAAAAAGAAAAACUGUAUGGUACGAUUAAAAUCCAACAAAACCUUUAAAUGCUGCCAAUGUUUUUUUUUGACGGAAUGCAAACAAAGAGCGUUAUCAUGAAACAAGACAAUUUUUUCUUUUUGCAUUAAUUGAAUAAGGAAAAUGAAGAAAAUUGAAAAAAAAGAAAAAAAAAGCAGAUCAUUAUAUUGGAAUUUAUACUUCAUUACAUUUAUCACCAUCAUAUAUUACGGUUAAUACGAAGGGAAAGUACAGGAAAAAAAUAAUGAUAAAUAUUUUUUGAUUAUAUUUAAUAAUUACAAUUUACAAAUUAGUAGUGUUAUUAUUAUUAUAUUAUUUUAUUAUUAUUAUUAAUAUUAUUAUUAUUAAUAUUUACAAUCUAGUAGUGUUAUUACUGAAAUAAUAUUAAAUGAAAAUCGAAGCAAAGCAUUUUAUAGUCGUCUAUUUGUACUCUUAAAAAAAAGAAUAAGAUGUCGAAUGUGCAUAGCAAUAACUAAGUAUUUAGUACGAUACAACGUCAUGCUCUAAUAUUCAAAAAAUAUAAACAGACAGCAUUUUUAUAAAUAAAAACCUUAUUUGAAUAUUCUUAAACCAUUAAACGCUUGGCACGAAAGCUAAUCUUAAGACAUUCCAAACAAAUUUCUUGUAAAACAUUUCUCAUCUACGUUGGGGAUCUUCACCUAUUUAUAUAAAAUUUGUAAGAAUUUUCAAUUGUAAAGGAAGGUUUCUUUUUUUUUCUAUACACAUUCUAAAUGUACUUAAAUAGGCCUAUAUUCCUUAUAACAUUAUGAAUAAGCGUUGUAUUUAUUCAUAUACAAGAAAAUUAAUGAACAACCCUAACGUGGAUUUAUAAACACUUUAUAUAAAUGAUUUCCUUGUGAAGGUAAUAAACAGGAGAUCAAUUUUAACAUUUUUUUUUCUGCAUGAUUACUAACUGUAAAUAUGUAAAUUACCUAGCUAAAUUUUGGCUUGAAAUAUGAUGUAUGUAAAUUGGUAUUAUGUACCUUCAUGAGGUGAUUAUCAAGGAUUUAAUUUACAUAUGUAUUCUACGGUGCGCAUCGAGUUCAACGUUACACGGUGCUAUAAUUUCGUUCUUUACAUAUCCAAGCGUGUAAAAAUAUGGUAGGAGAAAGAGGGAGAGAAAAGAAAAAGUGCAUUUCUACUGUCUCUUGAAAGAAUAUUUAUAGCCCUUGAUGCUUGACGAUAUUUCCCGACGAAACAAUCAAAUUGAAUCAAAAGUACUUUUGAAUGUUCCAUUUUUUAUAAUGAAAUAAUGAUCUUUGUAGCAGUAUUAUUGAUUAAUUAAAAUAACGCAUACAAAAUACAACACAAGAUACGACCACAAAGACGCAUAGACAUUGUAUUUUAUUGAAAGCAUUAUUUGUUGGUGCGAGGAUAUAUGAGAAUCACUUGUACUUUGCUGAAAAAAGUUAGACAUUGUUUAAAUAAAAAAAAUCAUAUCACACUUCUUGGAUACACGAUUAUUGUACCCAUUGUAAUUUGUAAUGUAACCAAUCGUUAGAUUUUAGCGUUCCUAUUAUUUAUCCGUUAAAUUGUCAUUAAUUAUUGCUUCUGUUUCUUUGUCAUACACAGUGAACGGUGGAUUGAAAUCUUGAGCAUUUUGAAAAUCCCGCGCGCCGUCACAUGAUCGCUACUCCAUCAAACACCUGUUUUCAUUCUAAACGGCAACAGCGCAAAUAAAUACCUGCGCCAAAUUUCUCGUCGAACAUCAGCGUUGUCUCGGUUGCGAUGCGCUUUGUGUGUAAGAAGAAUGUUGGGUUACGAUAAACGAAGCCAUGAUGCUGAAAAUCUUUUCUCAGGUUCCUCCGAUGAUGACACCAACUACGUUGGUAAGAAAGGUUCGGGCAGUUCGACGAACGAAUUCGAUGAAUCGAUUCAAGCCAUGUGCGAUAUGUACGGACAGACACCGCCGAGAACCCGUCUGAAUCGCAAGAAGAGGUAUAUGAAACAGAAACUUAAUGGAGGAGAUACGAAAUCGUUAGACAAGGAGACACCGUCGAAACUGCUGGUUCGCAGACGAAACACUCUGGACAGUAUAAUAUUCAACGAGAUGUGCGAUAAGGCCGACAGAGAUUGCGAGAACGAGGCGAAUCAGGAUAUGGUGAAAGAGGGAAGCCGGAAGUGUAAAAGAAUUUUCAAAGUAUUGCGCGGCAGCGAGAGAGAUUUGAAGCUCGACAUGAAGGCGGCGUACGAUUAUGCUGAGAAAUUUGAUCACGGACAAGUGUCGACGCCUAAUCACAUCAAAGUAGAAACUAAAAACAGAUUCCGUUGUCUCCGAUCGAAGCCCGUCGGCGUUGAGGAGAGAAGGGUUGAAACCGACGAACCAAAUCUGGUCAUUGAUAACAAUGAAUCAGUGGCACAGUCUCCUAAAACGUUGAGCCUUAAAGAGCGAGAAAUAUUUCACGAUACUUUUUCUUUUCUCAUUAGACUGGGAAGUACGGAACGAAACUGCAGGCGUCAAAUAAGCCACGAGGAGACCAGCUGGCAAAACGAGCUGAAGGACCUAAUAUGGUUAGAACUGCAAGCCCAUCACGCUGAUCGCAAUCCAAUGGCUCAGGACGAGUACUUGUGCAAACAGCGGGAGGCACUGGAAGGUUUGCUUAAAGAAAUAAUGGAGUACAGAUACGAUCCUAUUGCCAGUGUAAAGAACGGUAAUACACCCUGGAUCAAUAUAAGUGGUAAAUGCGUGGACCGAGUUGUGAAUUCUGGAUCAAGCCCGAACAUAGAGCUGGGUAUCUGUCCGGGGUGUCUUUCUAUGUACUGUAGAGCAUGUGCGAGAGCCCAAGGCGAGGCGUUGCAGCAAGUAGAAGGUUUAUUAGCUAGAUUAGAAGUGGCUGAGUCUCUAUACCCGUCGUCGCAGGCUUUGGCCGUGCAAUAUCCGUUAUACAAAAGCACAGAAUUUACCGGCAGAGUGAAGGCCAUGUGCCUCUGGUACAACAUGACCAAACAUCAUCGACUGAAAUUGCAAAUAUUGGGAAAAUUACUGAUGAUGUUGCACACUAAGAAGAAGCACGACGAUAACGGUGAUUCAGGGAUAAGUUCGAGAUCCUCGGAUACCGUUGAUUCCUCGGAGCACAGGCGUACUUUGGUACGGUUCGAGGUGUCAAAUCCGCAGGAGGAAAGCUCCAGUCCCUCCGACAGCAACAAUAGCAACAAUUCUUCCGUCGGCUUGUCUUUCGCCCAGUCGUGGCCUUCCACCCCUGAGACAUCUCUGACCUGUCUGGACGACGAUAAAACAGAGCGGCUUGAUUUCUAUUUAGUAGAAUUCGACCGGCAGGCUUAUAGAAAGUACAUCGAGGAUGUGCUGAAGACCAGAGGGCUGAGGAAGAGUUUAAAUUUCCUCGAGAGGCUGCACACCUCGGUUCUAAGGAAAGCAAGACUGACGUUGGAGAAGAGCGACGUGAGCGAAGGUGGUAACGCUACCAGCGAAGAGUACGAAGGGGACGAAGAGCUACGUCGAUACGGUGUGUGGAGCACCGAGGCCAGAGAAUUGAAUCUUCCAUCCUAUAGAGCAGCUUUCGUGUUUUUGUCCCGGGUUCCAUUGGACGUCGUCCACGAAUUUCUGCGAAUGAGGCUGGAACAAAAGCCGGAUCAGCCUAGCCCCUUGUCCGUUAGGCAAUUGAUGCGCGAACUCAGGGAGGGUCUUCGAAUAGCUUGCAUUCAUCGCGACAGAUUUUCCGCCCACUCUUGCGCGGCUGUUGCCAGCGACAACGAAAGCUGCGAUCAAUUGUUGUUCCAAGAGGACGUGAAAGACUUCGACGAUAGCUUGAAAGCCGUCUUCGAGGUGUACCUCGACUACUUGCAGCAGUGGGUGGACAUGGUCCAACACGAUAGUUUCCAUAAAAAUUUAAUCAUGGACGAGUGGAUAUUUGUAAAAUCGAUAGCUGGGAAUAUAUUGAACGGUUACAAGAUAGCUGGAGUUAAAUUCUGUGAAAUCGCCAAGACGAUGAUCAAGCAGGUGAAAGAAUUCCUUAACGAGAGACCAAGAGAGAUCAAGGAGACUACUGAAGAUUGGAGCGAUGAUGACGACUGGUCAUGCAAGUUCAGAUUUCAUUUUAUGUUCGUGGGUCGAGAAUGGCAAGGGAUGUUUGUGGAGUCUCGAGAGAAGGUCGUUAAGAGUGUCACACUGGCCAGGUGUUUGAAACGUGAUAUUGAAAAAUGGGCUUUCUUUAACAAGGACUUGGAAGAAUCAUUAACAAUCUUGAAGGAAACCGUGAUGUCUUUGAGACACCAGAUAACAGUGGUAAUCACCAAUUUCCAACGGGACCUUGAAAAGGCUGAAGAACCAAAUUCCGAGGGCGACAGGUUCGCUUUUCGUUCCAGAGUCAGGGAAAUACUUCAUCAGGCGUAUCGGAUGGGUUUCGAUUACUACAAGGAGACCUGUAAAUUAUUUUCUCUCGAGGAGAAAGCUGUUUUAGCACGGGGCUUGGUAUCUUUCGCUUUCCUCUGGAUGGAAUUCGUACGGACACGGUGCGAGCGGGGUCGGGGCUUGAGGCCCAGAUGGGCGAACCAAGGUUUAGAGUUUCUGAUCACGGUGUGCGAACCGCAGAAUACUAAACAUCUGAGCGACCAGGAAUUCGAGGAGUUGAAAACCUGCAUGGAUCGUUGCAUUUCGCACGUCGUUGGGAGCGCGAACAUAGCAUCAAACGUGGAAACAGAAAGUAUAAGAAGAUUGUCAUCUCAUUCGAGAGCUUCGUCGCCUUGUCACGCUAGAAGCAGAACCGCGAGUAUAUCCCAGAAGCCUAGAGACGCUUUUAAAUCUCCCGAUGUCCCGUCGAAUCCUAAGAAAUCCCCUUCGCCGAGCAUAGUCGAUGGAAAUAUAAUGUUGAACACGUUCGAUCGUAGUAUAUCCCGUCAGGAGAGAAUUGUUCGGGCUAUAAGAAAGGUAGACUGUGAUAUUGACGAGAGGCUAAAGAGUCGUGAACUUAUCGGUCAAGUUACAGAUAGAAAGGCUGUAGAUAGGGUGCAUAUUAAAGCGAGAAGAGUCACGUUUACCUGGCAAAGGGGUAUUAAAAUAGGUCAAGGAAGAUUCGGCAAAGUGUACACCGUGGUGAACAAUCAAACCGGCGAGUUGUUAGCCAUGAAAGAGGUACAGCUGCAACCUGGAGAUCACAGGGCUAUCAGAAGAGUAGCUGAGGAGUUGCAGAUAUUCGAAGGGAUUCAACACAAACACUUAGUCAGAUAUUAUGGCCUAGAAAUCCAUCGAGAAGAGAUGUUAAUAUUCAUGGAAUUUUGUGCUGAAGGAACCUUGGAAAGUUUGGUAGCUGGCAGUGGGAAUGGGCUACCGGAAUCAUUAGUCAGGAAAUAUACUCAUCAACUACUCUUAGCGGUAGCAGUGCUACAUUGUCAUGGAAUAGUACACCGCGACAUUAAAUCUGCAAAUAUUUUUUUAACCGACGAGGGUAAUUGCCUGAAACUUGGAGACUUUGGAAGCGCGGUACAAAUUAAAGCUCACACCACGAUGCCGGGUGAAUUGCAAGGAUUCGUUGGGACUCAAGCUUACAUGGCACCGGAAGUGUUCAUGAAGUCAGAGAGCAGUGGUCAUGGAAGAGCAGCUGAUAUUUGGUCGGUUGGUUGUUGCGUGAUAGAAAUGGCCAGUGGACGAAGGCCUUGGUCAGACUAUGAUUCGAAUUAUCAAAUUAUGUUUAAGGUAGGGAUGGGUGAGACUCCAGCGUUGCCAAAAAGUUUGUCAGCUGAGGGGAUUGACUUAAUUAAAAAGUGUUUGCAACACGACCCAAAGAGAAGAUUAACUGCUAAUUCCUUACUAACACUUCCAUUCGCGCAAGCGUACGAGGAUGUAAAUGCUGACUUAGUAGUAGCUCGUCAUCAGACAUGAUUGUAAAUGUAAAAUUCUCGAUUCUUUCGAUCAGGAAACAUCGGAAAUCUUGUAACAAUGUUAUUACCUGUAUCAGGUUAAAUAUACUAGCAAUUCGUUACUUAAAAGCUAUUUUUAUAAUGCUUGAUUUUCUCAAUUAUCGUAAAAGGUCUCUAUUUUUUUAUUUAUAUAACUGUCCAGUUCCUAGAAGCGUAUAAAAAUCAAGUAAUUUGCAGUUGUGCUUGAAUUAAGGUUUUUACAUGCAAUCUUAUAACAUUCCAUUCUCUAUAAUAUACUUUAAAUUAUUUUCUAAAGUUAAUUGGAGAUUUGUACUAGAUUGUGAUUACAAUAAAAAGGAACAGCUAGUGUCACA